ACCGUGGAAGAGGGUCCUGAAGACGAAAGCGGCUCGCCCGUCGAGGUCGAUAACAUCAUCGAGGAUCCACAUGCGGGUGGCGAACCAAUCACCGCGCUACAAGCUGCGUGGAACGUCACCAACGCUAUUCAGGGAAUGUUCAUCGUGGGUCUGCCCAUAGCUGUAAAGGUGGGUGGAUGGUGGUCGGUGUUCGCCAUGAUGGGAGUUGCGUAUAUUUGCUACUGGACAGGAGUGCUACUGAUUGAAUGUCUCUAUGAGAAGGACAAAAAAGUUCGAUUCAGUUAUCGUGAAGUGAACAAGCCAGCAUGGAUGAUGCUGGUCUCUGCCAUAUUGCUGGCGUGCGCAUUUCUCGAUUCACUUAUCGUCGUCUCACAGCUCUCAUUCGCCAACGCCAUCUCUCACCUGAUUGUGAACGCUAUCAUGAUGAUAUACUGCUUGACAGAGAUCCGUUCAUGGUCAUUCUCUUCGGUGACUUUUGCCCUGGACAUCAACACCCUGCCAACAAUGAUUGGUGUGGUCGAACCGAAAGAGUUCAAAUGGAUGUUGAAAUGGUCUCACGUAGCCGCCGCCUUGUUCAAAGCGAUAUUUGGUCUAUUCGGAUACCUGACAUUCGGCGAACUGACACAGCCGGAGAUCUCCAACUCAUUACCCAAUCAAAGCUUCAAAGUGGUCGUCAAUCUGGUCCUUGUCAUCAAGGCGCUUCUCUCAUAUCCGUUGCCCUUCUACGCGGCGGUACAAUUGCUCAAGGACAAUCUAUUUCGUGGCACCAAAACCACGCCAUUCACAGGAUGCUACAGUCCUGAUGGAUCACUUCGUGAAUGGGCGCUUUUCUUACGCAUUCUCCUGCUUUUAUUCACACUUUUCAUCGCACUAUCGGUACCGUAUCUCAUCGAAUUGAUGGGACUUAUCGGAAAUAUCACUGGCACGAUGCUAUCAUUUAUCUGGCCAGCACUCUUCCAUUUGCAUAUUCGCGGCGAGAAAAUGGUCAAUAGAGACCGUCGUUUUGACCAGAUGAUUAUUGGCUUAGGCUGCUCGAUUUGCAUAUCCGGAGUAUAUUUCUCAUUCAUGGAACUCUUACGAGCGAUCCGAGCUAACGAUCAA